CCGCCCCCGCUCACUGUAGCUCUCGCCACAACCUGCAAACCCCAGACCUCUGAGGAGUGCCCCGGGAAGCCCAGAGCGCGUGGACGCGUGACGGAGAAGACCAGCACCCAGUUUGAGUACACUACACCUUGGAGGUUCAGAGUUGGAUUUUGCAGUGGUCCCAGUGAGGAAAAAGUGGAAAAUGGGAGGCAUGAAAUACAUCUUUUCCUUGUUGUUUUUCUUUCUUUUCCUAGAAGGAAGCAAAACAGAGCAAGUAAAACAUUCAGAGACGUACUGUAUGUUUCAAGAGAAGAAAUACAGAGUGGGUGAGAAAUGGCAUCCUUACCUGGAACCUUAUGGGUUGGUUUACUGUGUGAAUUGCAUCUGCUCAGAGAAUGGGAAUGUGCUUUGCAGCCGAGUCAGAUGUCCAAAUCUUCAGUGCCUCUCCCCUGUUCAUGUGCCUCAUCUGUGCUGCCCUCGCUGCCCAGAAGACUCCUUACCAGUAGUGAACAAUAAGGUGACCAGCAAAUCUUGUGAGUACAAUGGAACCACUUACCAACAUGGAGAGCUAUUCAUGGCUGAGGGGCUCUUUCAGAAUCGGCAACCCAAUCAGUGCACCCAGUGCAGCUGCUCGGAAGGGAAUGUAUAUUGUGGUCUCAAGACUUGCCCCAAAUUAGCCUGUGCAUUCCCAGUCUCUGUUCCAGAUUCCUGCUGCCCGGUAUGCAGAGGGGAUGGAGAAUUGUCAUGGGAACAUUCUGAUGCUGACAUCUUCCGGCAACCUGCCAACAGAGAAGCAAGGCACUCUUAUCACCGCUCCCACUAUGAUCCUCCACCAAGCCGACAGGCUGGAGUGUUGCCCCGCUUUCCUGGGGCCAGAAGUCACCGGGGAGCUCUUAUGGACUCUCAGCAAGCAUCGGGAACCAUUGUGCAGAUUGUCAUCAAUAAUAAACACAAGCAUGGACAAGUGUGUGUUUCCAAUGGAAAGACCUAUUCCCAUGGAGAAUCCUGGCACCCAAACCUCAGGGCAUUUGGCAUUGUGGAGUGUGUGCUGUGCACUUGUAAUGUCACCAAGCAAGAGUGUAAGAAAAUCCACUGCCCCAAUCGAUACCCCUGCAAGUAUCCUCAAAAAAUAGAUGGAAAGUGCUGCAAGGUGUGUCCAGGUAAAAAAGCAAAAGAAGAACUUCCAGGCCAAAUCUUUGACAGCAAAGGCUACUUUUGUGGAGAAGAAACAAUGCCCGUAUAUGAAUCUGUAUUCAUGGAGGAUGGGGAGACUACCAGAAAAAUAGCACUGGAGACUGAAAGACCACCCCAGGUAGAAGUCCACGUCUGGACCAUUCGAAAAGGCAUCCUCCAGCACUUCCACAUUGAAAAGAUCUCAAAAAGAAUGUUUGAGGAACUCCACCACUUCAAGCUGGUAACCAGGACAACCCUGAGCCAGUGGAAGAUAUUCACUGAAGGAGAAGCUCAGAUCAGCCAGAUGUGUUCAAGUCGUGUGUGCAGAACAGAGCUUGAAGAUUUGGUCAAAGUUUUGUACCUGGAGAGAUCUGAAAAAGGCCACUGUUAGGCAAGUCAGACAGUAUUAAAUAAGGUCAAGCAAGAAAACUUGAGCUGCAGCUGGACUGCCGGUUUAUUUUGCUUAAAUCAGUAGUACCUUACAACCCCAAACUCAAAUGCAGUCAGUUAUUCACGUCAUGCAUAGCGUAACUUGCUCCUUUAUGUGGAGUGGUGUGUCAGCCCUGAACCAUCUCCUCUAAAGAGACUACGAGAGUCAUAAAUGAUUUGUGGGAGGAAGAGGGAUAAAACACCACAAUGCGUCUCUAGUUUCUUGGAGAAUCACAUUUCUGUACAUGUUAAAGAGCAAACAAAACUCCCGGGGUUUCUAUGAAGAAAGUUAUUCAAAUGAAAGAAAGAGAAGGCAAUUGCUUAGUAGCUGUUCUGGAGAAUAGAGCAAUUAUUUGAUUGAAAUGAUAUUCUUUGAAUGUUAGAAUGCCUUUUGUCCUUUACAAGAAAAUUAACUGCCCAUCCUUAAGCACGUGUGCAUGUAAGCACAUGCACAUACACAGACACACACACACACACACACACAAGAAACUGUAGCCUCUGCCCUGAGGCAAAGCCAGCCUAGACUCUUCCCUUCUCUGCCUAAAAAGCCUUGGAGGUUGUUGGUGCCCAGGAGAAUAAAUAAAAACUUUUAAGCAAAAGGCUCUGUUCUUAGGCCUUUGAGGUGGCUGUUGAAUUCAGCAACUAGAGUGGCAGUGUGAAGAAUAAAAGCACCAUUUCUGGCCUCAUUCACUUUAAAGUGGUGAAUAACUUUUCCCUGAUGAUACCCUUUCUUUUUUUUUCCUGAACCUAUGAAGCCUCCAAAAAGAACUUAGAAUUGGGUAGUAUUAUCAGAAACUGAAUCAAUACAAAGUGAUUAUUGAAGAAAGGGAUUGAUAAAAGUCAAAGAGGCCGUCUUAUUGUUUUCACGGCAACAAAAUCCACCAAUUAGUAGAUUAAUAUUCACUAAAUUUCUUGAGGUCAUACUUGUCUAGCCAGAAAAUUUAGGCUGAAUUAAUAAAUUCUAGAAGCCCCUUAAAAGGGCAGUUUUCAUUCUUCAAAAGUUGAUUUUUUUUUUUUUUACUGUACAGAAAGGCUCAAUCUUCACAAGUUUCUGAAUGUUGGCUUUUCAGUUAAGAGAGUUGCUGUUUAUUUAAGGAGCUGAAAAUUCUGAUAAAGAUCUUUAUCCUAAACCUUCCCCUCGUUUUUUGCUUUAUCCAGCAAGCAUGGAUUUGAAUCAGGGAUUCUAGAAAACACUGUUCAUGAAAUGUCUAUUUGCAGUACAAUACUAGAGUAUAAAUUAUCAGUUUUGAGGUCUGCCUUAUACAUUGUCUUUGUGGGAAAACUAAAUUUUCCUCAAAGGGAUCUUAAGCAUGCCUCUGAAUUUGUCCACUCUGCCGGUCAUGAAUGAACUCUAGUAUGUACUAAGAAGCAUUGAAGACUCAGAUAGUGCAUAUUUCCCACUCUGUGAUGAUAGGUGAGAGAACAUGUUUUUCCUUAAUGUAUUUGACACUGAUGGGGGAAAUGUCAACAGCCAUCUGCCAUAGAAGAGUCUGUUUCCAUAAAAGAGACACGAGGGCCUCCUAGCCAGGAAUUCAUGGGACAAUUCUUGCACCAGUGCACCACACACAUUUUACUCGAGGAGGAAGGACGUCCUGGGCUGAAAAGCCACAGAGCCUUGUUAUAGAAAGUGAGGGUCAUAGUGAGUAAGCAGCUGCUGUCUCCCUUUCAGAAGUGGCAGUCAUUUCCAUAGUAACGGGAUCCUGAAGAAAAGUGGGUGAUUCCACUUCUAGAUGUUUCACCCCAUAGCCUUCCCACUCAGGUGUUCUCUGAAUGCUCAGCCUUAGGGGAACACCCAAAAGAUUCUCUAGAUAGAUGCCUGAUUUCUGGUGCUGAGACACACCUUUCCAAAGUAUUGGGGGGAGCUGUGUCAGUGAACGUAGAAACCCUCCAGUGUUUGUUGUUUCAUAGAGAGUAGGUCUUAGGAACGAGGCCAAGCCACCCAUAGUUAGUAGAGAAGAAUGUGGUUCUUCUUGUGUAUUUAUUUGUAUCAUAAAUACUUGGAACAACAAAGACCAUAAGCACCAUUUCACAAUAAUAGCCAUUUUCUAGUUAACUGAUAUAAACAAGUAAGAGUAAAGUAACAUUAUUACCUUUUCACUCUUCUCAUAGGACAUGUACCUAAACAUGGUACUUAUUUAUGUAGUCACUGUAUUUCUGGAUUUUAAAUUAAUAAAAGUUUUACUUUUGAAAAGUC